AGCAGCAGCAGAGCAGAGCUGAACAUUGACCUCCUUUUCCUGUAUUUCACAACACUGCUGUUGAGCUUUCUGCUGGUUCACCCAAACUGAAACAAGAAGCCAGGAGCAGACUUGAUCAGGACUCCUAAAAGGAUUGUGGAAAAUAAUUUUGUCUGUGGCUCAGAUGAAGAAAUUUCUGUCAUUUCUGCUGACUACUUAUGUUUCAGUUCCUGUUAUUCUCUACCUGUUCCCCUGGAUACUGAGCCAUGCCAUAUUUUCUCACCUGUUGAGGUUUCCAUACUUUGUGGAUCUCCGUAGACCUCAAGAUGUCCUGAACCACACUUGCAACUUCUACCUCAGCACAGAGGAGGGUGUCUCAGUGGGAGUGUGGCACACACUCCCUGUGAGCCAAUGGGAUGCAGCUGCUGGGAAAAAUCUUGACUGGUACCAUGAAACCCUGGGAGACGGGCGUCCUGUUAUUAUCUACCUCCAUGGAAACGUAGGGACCAGGGCGAUCAGUCAUAGAGUGGAGCUGGUGAAGAUUCUGAGUGCUGCAGGGUACCAUGUCUUGUCUUUAGACUACAGAGGAUUUGGAGAUUCCACUGGAGACCCCAGCGAGGCUGGUUUGACCAGCGACGCCCUCUACCUGUAUUACUGGGCAAAGACACGAAGCAGAGGGAGCAUGCUCUGUCUGUGGGGACACUCUCUGGGCUCUGGAGUGGCAACCAACGCUGCAGUAAGAAUACAGGAACAAGAAGGAUAUGCUGUCGAUGCUUUAAUCCUUGAAGCUCCAUACACAAGAAUUGGAGAAGCUGUAGCAAACCAUCCACUUGCCAAGAUGUACAUGUUCCUGCCAGGCUUUGAGAGCUUGCUCUGGAACAUACUGGAAAGGAUCAACAUAUCAUUUGCCAAUGAUAAAAAUGUAAAGACACUGAGCAGUCCACUUCUAAUCUUGCAUUCAGAGGAUGACAACGUUGUUCCGUUUCACAUGGGUCAGAAGCUGUACCAGAUAUCACUGCAAGCCCAGAGGGAAUCCAGCAGAAAUACUCGAAUCCAAAUGGUCUCCUACAGGGCAAACCUCAGACUGUCCCACAGCCACAUCUACUUGGACCCCAAUUUGUCAGAUGUGGUACGGAGAUUUCUACAAAACUUGACAUAAUAGGGGAAAUGUUAUUUCAUGAGCCAUUAGAAAGAUGUAAGUCUACAAAAAUAAAAUAAAAUAAAUCUCUUCAUCAAUUAA